UGUAUGCAGUGCGCCGCAUACUUUUUGAGCUCCUCGUUCAACCACACAUUGGAUGUUCGAUUUUUAUCUUUGACAGGGAUUUUAUUUAACCUUACCCAACACUCGCAUAUAUACGCGAAGACAUCAUGGUUCGAAAUUCAGAUUCGAAUUCUGCUUCUUCUACUAAAGUGAAUAUGGAUAGAGAUUUAGAAGAACAGAAAUAUGUUCAGAAAAAGGCUAAACAUUGGGAAUUGGUUUUCGAUCAAACUCAUGUCACGCCCGAAGUCCUCAACUACCCUUACAAGGGGUCCGGUACUGAACAGGAUCCUUAUGUCGUGGAAUAUAUUCCCAAUGAUCGCAGAAAUCCUAUGAACUUUAGCAUGUUGAAGAAAUGGAGUCUGACAGUACUUCUUGCUUGCGUAAGCUCUCCCCUUUUUUGCUUCAAGGUUUUCGGUUAUUAUUCGCCGAAGUUUAAACUGUGUGACGGACGAGUGAGGUGACACAGUAUCACUCUUAACCUGUACUAACAUUUUGAGACAGGCGACAUUAGCAGUAUCUUUUGUAUCCUCGGCAUAUACGGGCGAUGUUGAUGGAAUUAUCGAAGAGUUUAAAGUCGGUCCGGAAGUCGCUACAUUAGGUGUCUCGCUUUUCGUCUUGGGUUUUGCUAUCGGUCCUCUCAUGUGGGCUCCUUUAUCCGAAUUAUAUGGUCGUCAGGUUCUUUUCUUUGGUACUUAUGCUAUGCUCACUGCUUUCAAUGCUGGGGCUGCCGGAGCAAAGAAUAUUCAGACGCUUCUGCUUAUGCGAUUUUUCGCAGGAUCUUUUGGAAGUUCGCCUCUUACAAAUGCGGGUGGAGUUAUCGCGGAUAUGUUCACUGCUUCUCAUCGUGGAAUUGCAACGAGUAUAUAUGCUACAGCACCAUUUUUGGGUCCUGCCAUUGGUCCCAUUGUAGGAGGCUUCCUAGGGGAAGCGAAAGGUUGGAGAUGGAUUGAGUAAGUUACAUUGAUCAGACCAAGCAUUGGAUAGAGUUUCUAACGCUGUUAAUAGGGGCCUUAUGGCCAUCUUCACUGGAGCACUUUGGAUUAUGGGCGGCCUCCUUAUUCCCGAAACUUAUUCCCCAGUCAUUCUUCGUCGUCGAGCCGACAAAAUGUCUUCGAUGACGGGAAAAGUCUACAAGUCCAAGAUAGAAGUCGAAUAUGGUUCUAAAUCCAUCGCAGCAGAAUUCAAAACGUCACUGUUGAGACCCUGGAUCUUGUUGUUUAAAGAACCUAUCGUGUUCUUGCUGAGUUUAUACAUGGCCAUCAUAUACGGAACUCUGUACAUGAUGUUCGGAGCAUUUCCAAUCGUGUACCAAGAGAACCGUGGAUGGAGUGCUGGUAUAGGUGGAUUGGCUUUCUGUGGUGUGGCAGUUGGGAUGAUGCUUGCAGUCUUCUAUUCACUGUGGGAUAAUAAACGAUACAACGAUACAGCUGCUAGGCAUAAUGGUGCCGCUCCGCCUGAAGCUCGGCUCCCGCCUGCCAUUGUCGGAAGUAUCUGUUUGCCUAUUGGACUCUUUUGGUUCGCAUGGACAAAUUCUCCAAGUAUCCAUUGGAGUGUUAGUAUUAUCGCCGCUGCUCCAUUUGGUUUCGGUAUGGUGUUAGUGUUUUUGAGUAUUAUGAAUUAUCUCAUAGAUUCGUAUAUACUUUACGCCGCUUCCGCUUUGGCGGCCAGCAGUGUGCUCCGCUCCUUAUUUGGUGCGGCGUUCCCACUAUUUACUACAUGUAACUAUUACUUUCAACCCCAGGGCUGUGUCAAGAGAUAACUAACUGUUUGAUUAGAUAUGUUCAAUAGCCUCGGAAUACAUUGGGCAAGUUCCAUCCCGGCUUUCCUCGCUUUGGCUUGUUUACCUUUCCCAUUCCUCUUUUACAAAUAUGGAGCUUCUAUCCGGAUGAAGUGCAAGUUUGCGGCGGAAGCGGCACGUGUAUUGGCGGAGAUGAGGGGUGCAUCGUCAAAUGAAGAUGAGGCGGAACAGACCGUGGAGGAUAUGGAGGAACGGGAGGCGAGAAGUUUGAAUGUUCAUGGGGAGAGCGAAGGAGAUGGCGUCCUUAAAGAUGGAGAGAAACGUGAAAAUUAAGUUAAUGAUUAAGAAGGAGGUUACGAUUUUUUUUAGUUUAACGCUUAGAAAUAGAGAGAAUCCUUGGGUAUUUGGGAUCGUCAUAUGCAUAGCAUUAGUAUUUCGAAGGUAUUGGGAAAAGUGGCACACAUGUAGAUAGGCAGGGGCAUUCAGUUGUAUUUAAGAUAUCCUAUGAAAUACAUGCCUAUU